GUCGAGUUCGAGGCGGUGCACGCCCUGCGCCGCAUCACCCUCAACCGCCCAAAGGCCCUCAACUCGCUCAACGAGGAGAUGGUCGACCUCGUCUACUCGCACCUCGAGCGCAUCGAGGCCAGCGAGCUCGCCAACGUCGUCCUCAUCAAGGGCGCCGGAAAGCACUUCUGCGCCGGCGGAGACGUCGUCUCCUUGAUGAAGCACCUCGAGCACGAGAAGGACUACAAGAAGGCGUCCGGCUUCUUCCACAAGGAGUACCGCACCAACCACCUCCUUGCGACCACGCCCAAGCCGGUCGUCUCGUUCAUGACGGGCGUCGUCUUCGGCGGCGGUGUCGGCAUGACGGGCCACGGCGCUUUCCGCGUCGCGACCGAGACGACCCAGAUCGCCAUGCCUGAAACCAAGAUCGGCCUGUUCCCCGACGUCGGCGCCAACUUCCUCCUCCCUCGCCUCGACGGUCAGCUCGGCCUGUACCUCGGCCUCACGUCGUUCCCGCUCAAGGGCGCCGCCACCUUCUUUGCCGGGCUCGCGACGCACUACGUCCCCUCGGAGCGCCUCGCGGCCCUCGAGACGCGCCUCUCCGAGCUCGACGUCUCGGCGACGCACGACACGGUCAACAGCGUCAUCGAGGAGUUUGCCGCCGACGCGUCCGAGCUCGCGCAGGCGCUCAAGGCGUACCCGCUCGUCGGCCCCGUGCGCCGCGCCAUCGACGCCAUCUUUUCGCGCCCGACGGCCGAGGCCAUGAUUGUCCUCGCGCACGACGGCGAGGUCGACAUGUCGGCGCUGCAGCGGUGGGCGCGCGAGACGCGCGAGGCGAUCGAGCUGCGCAGCCCGACGAGCGUCAAGCUCACGAUCAAGGCCAUCCGCGAGGGCGCCAAGCUGUCGAUCGACGAGGUCCUCAUGAUGGACGCCCGCAUCGCCGCCGCGUGCUGCUCGCCGCCGGUCCACCCCGACUUCAGGACGGGCGUCACCGACCUCUUGAUCAACAAGCGUAAACCCGAGCAGGGCGAGCGCCCCUCGUGGUCCCCGGCGACGCUCAAGGACGUGUCGGACGCCGACAUCCAGCGCUCCUUUUUCGCGUCGCCGCCGCCGUUCUCGAACCCGCCCGUGCCCAACCUGCGCCUCGCCCAGCUGCGCAAGUCGCGCCCGGUCACGCCCCUCGCGCCGUACAAGCAGUCGCCGCACGCCAAGUGGGCCCUGCCCUCGGAGCGCGACGUCGAGAAGAUCGUCAAGGGCGAGGACGCCGGCAGCGACGACUAUGCCGUCACGCGCAACGAGGUCGUUGAGCGGCUCGUGCGGCGGUCGGGCGGCAAGGUCGGCGUCCGGGAGAAGGUCGAGGAGGUCCUCAAGCGCAAGACGGUCCUCGCAGACGAGCAGACGAUCAAGUGGGUCUAG